AUGACAUUCAAGGAACUCAACCCGAUUCUUGUCGCAAAUUUUCUCCUUGUUUUCACCGAUUUCUUCUACAUUAUCACAUCAACAAUCCACGAUAAUACAGCGAAAAUCUGGGAAAUCGAAACUUUUGGUUCUAUAGGUGUGUUCAUUUUUUUGUACACGGCCAAUAUUCGAUAUUGGAUGCAAAUCUAUCUUUUCUUUUUGAUUUCCGUCAUGCAUUUGGUGGCUAUUUACGCGCCUGGACACUAUCGAUCGUUGAAUUUGAGAUGGACAUUUGGAUUGAUGGCUAUUCCGAUGGCGUUCACGAUUCUAACCGAUACAAUCUACUACACAGUUUGCGCCUGUUUGUACUAUCAAAUUCCUGGCUAUUAUAUAAUGGUUAUCCCAGAAAGACAAGAGAUUGAAGACAAAUUUGAGAUCUAUGAUGCUUGGUUGAAAAUCACAAUGCUUUUAUUGUUGAUUGGCACAGAUGCGGCGAUUAUUUUCAAGCUUUACAAGAUGAACAUUUUGGGAACGAAGAGGAAAAGAUUUCCGGAAGCGAUAGGGAGAACUGGCCAAACAAUCGCCACUCCAUCAGCAAUUUUCAUCAUCGAGCAGUCAACCGUUAAUCGAUCAACGCCGAAACAGCCAACUAAUCGAUCAAAGAUUUCAAUCGAUAAGCGCUUAGCGAUCGCUUUCACGUGGAUCAGUUUCGCGUUUAUUUUGAUGACUCUCUACUUUCGAUAUUGGUAUAUUUUUCCCAUCGAAAUCCUUCAAUACACGGGUUUUCUCGUCUACAACUUGGAAAUAAGCAAAUGCGUGAUUUAUGUACUGAUUGUGACAAAGAAA